GGCCGCGGGACAGUACGAAAAAAUGGCGGCGCUUUCUAGCGAAUUUGGAGAUUUGGUGCAGAUAAAAAAGCAACUUAUUUAUGUAAUAACACUUUGUAGAGAGAGGGGCCUGGUCCACAGUGUGAAAUGGGCGUCGGAGCUGGCCUUUGCCCUGGACCCCUUACCCAUGAACGAGCUGCCCCCGCCACCCCCUUUCACUGAGGAGGAUGCCCAGGAUCUAGACGCGCUGGGAUUGGCCAAGUCCUACUUCGACCUGAAGGAGUAUGACCGUGCCGCCUACUUCCUCCGCGGCUGCCGCAGUCAGAAGGCCUACUUCCUGUACAUGUACUCGCGCUACCUGUCUGGAGAAAAGAAGAAAGACGAUGAGACUGUGGACAGCUUGGGGCCUCUGGAGAAGGGUCAGGUGCGGAACGAGGCGCUGAGGGAGCUGAGGGUGGAGCUGAGUAAGAAGCACCGGGCGGGAGAGCUGGACGGAUUCGCUCUUUACCUGUACGGGGUGGUGUUGCGGAAGCUGGACCUGCUGAAGGAGGCGGUGGAUGUGUUUGUGGAGGCGACUCACGCCCUGCCUCUGCACUGGGGAGCCUGGCUGGAGUUGUGCAACCUCAUCACCAACAUCGAGAUGCUGAAGUCUCUGUCCCUGCCGGACUGCUGGAUCAGGGACUUCUUCCUGGCUCACAUUUACACAGAGCUGCAGAUGAUCAAAGAGGCCAUGCAGAAGUACCAGAGCCUGAUCGACGCCGGCUUCUCCAAGAGCACCUACAUCAUCUCCCAGAUCGCCGUGGCCUACCACAACAUCCGAGACAUAGACCAGGCCCUGUCUCUGUUCAACGAGCUGAGAGAGCAGGAUCCCUACCGCAUCGAGAACAUGGACACCUUCUCCAACCUGCUCUACGUCAGAAGCAUGAAGCCUGAGCUCAGCUACCUGGCUCACAACUUGGUGGAGAUCGACAAAUACAGGGUGGAGACGUGCUGCGUUAUCGGUAACUACUACAGCCUGCGCUCGCAGCAUGAGAAGGCGGCGCUGUACUUCCAGAGGGCUCUGAAGCUGAACCCGCGCUGCCUGGGUGCCUGGACCCUCAUGGGCCACGAGUACAUGGAGAUGAAGAACACCUCUGCAGCCAUCCAGGCCUACAGACAUGCCAUCGAGGUGAACAAGCGAGACUACAGGGCCUGGUAUGGCCUGGGCCAGACCUACGAGAUCCUCAAGAUGCCCUUCUACUGUCUGUACUACUACCGCAGGGCACACCAGCUCAGGCCCAAUGACUCCCGCAUGCUGGUUGCUCUGGGAGAGUGCUAUGAGAAACUCUCUCAGCAGGUGGAGGCCAAGAAGUGUUACUGGAGGGCGUAUUCUGUAGGGGACGUGGAGAGGAUGGCUUUGCUCAAGCUGGCAAAACUCCAUGAGCAGCUAAACGAGGCGGAUGAAGCCGCCCACUGUUACAUCAUCUACAUCCAGGACAUCUUCUCCUGUGGGGAGCAGCUGGAGCAUGUGGAGGUGAGCACGGCCCUACGGUACCUGGGCCAGUAUUACUUUAAGAGCAAACGCUACGACGAGGCCUCCCUCUGCGCCCAGCGCUGCUGCGACUACAACGACGCCCGAGAGGAGGGAAAGGCUCUGCUGCGGCAGAUCUCACAGGUCCGGGAUCAGGGGGAGGCGUCCGCGGGUGACCUCUCGCUCCCCUGCGUCUUCGGGUCGCUGUCCAACAACAACACCCCAGUGCGCCGGAUGUCGCCCCUCGAUCUGUCCUCGGUCACCCCCUGACACUGACCCU